UGUUAACAUCUGGGGUGAUCAAAGGGUUAACUGUGUGCUGUUUUAUAAAAUGUGCUGUGCAGUGCCCGAGUGCUCGAAUGCCUGGGGCGUAUACACAGUGGCAGGGCGGACUGACAACUCAUGGGGCCCCUUGGCAAUAGGGGAUCAUGGGGCCCCUGUGUCCUUGCCCAAACUCAAAAAAGCCUAUGAAAAAGGUACCAGGGGCAUCUCAUGGGGCCCCCUACUGACCCCGGGCCCUCGGGCAGUGCCUGAGUUUCCAAAUGGUCAGUCCGCCCCUGCACAGUGGUAACUGACAGUCCACU